CUGCAGUCGGGGCGUGCGGCGGCACGUCCGGGUGCUCUGGGGAAGGGGCUGCGGGCCGCUGUCGGCGUGGCGGCGGAGGUGGGCACGGAGCGCUGGGGCGGGAGCUGCGUGCGGCCGGGCCGCGGUGGCGGGCGGUGCCGCGGGGCCGUGCGGGGCGGCGGCCGCGGGCCGGGCCGGGCCCCUGACGUCAGCGGCCGGGGCGGCUGCAGCUGCGGGCGGCGCUCCCCAAGCGGCGGCGGCUCCGCUCCUGCGCUCACUCCGCGCUGCCGCAGCCCCCAGCGCCCGCGGCGCCCGGGCGCUCCCUCGCCGCGCAGGCUGCUCGGGUACUUCAGAGCGAGCGGGAGGCUGAGCCGGCAGCAUCCCGGGCAUUUCCAGCAAGCGCCCUCCAGCAGCCCGACACCGACCGAAAUUUAGACGUCUUCAGAGAGUGGGGGAAGAUCCUCAUCUUCCGUAGCCUCCUCAAUGAGUGCCAAGCUCUCCAAAGAGUUGAGGCUGUCCCUGCCGCCUUGUCUUCUGAACAGGACAUCUACCACCCUAAAUACCAGCAGCACCUGCAUCACGCAAGUGGGUCAACUCUUUCAGUCCUUCUCAUCCACCCUGGUUUUAAUUGUCCUGGUCACCCUCAUCUUCUGCUUGAUCCUCCUCUCCCUCACUACCUUCCACAUCCACAAGAGGAAGAUGAAGAAGCGGAAAAUGCAAAAGGCUCAGGAGGAGUAUGAACGGGACCACUGUGCCCGCAGCAGCAGUAGUGGCAGCCAGCACCCUGGGACAGUGGUGCAGGGAGAGGCACCCCAAGGAAGAGACAGCCGGCUGGGAAGACCACCCCAGGACUCAGAGAUCCAGCGCUCCUCUCCCUUGGCAGCCCCCAGCUCUCAGCAGUCACAGGCUUGUUUGGACACAGCUGGCACGGGGCUCCUGCAGACGGUGAUUUUGUCCUGAUGGUUUGGGCUAGACCCCGCGAAGGCACUGACUGGUGUUUGUAAAUAUCUGAGUGAUUAUUCUAGUCCCCGAAGAAGAAGAAAACAUUGCUAAUUCAAAUGAACGAACGAGCCCAUGAUCCAAGCGCAUGACAGAUCACAUUGCGUUUCUCAUUGACUGUGUGAGGAAAGGAUGCAUCUUUUUACUGGAGAAGGAGCUGCACACAGCUACUAAAUAUCAAGUCAUCCACCUGCAUGAGAGGGUCAGGGGUAGGGGGUCCCUUUUCUCUGGAGAUUAUUACCCCAAAUACAGGGAUAAUUGGGUUUCCCGCUACUCUUCCCACUGCACCCUGUGUCAUUGUUACAUGGUGUGGGUUGGGGUCUGGUGGGUGCCUUGGGACCCUUCUGUCAUCUCAGAGCAGACUGGUGGUACACUGUGGUCUCUCCUUUUGUGCUGGGAUCUAUGCCCCCUGCCCCACCCCUCUCACUCAUUUCCAGAACUGGGUAUUGCUUGGUGUAGAAAUGGCCAUCCCUACCUGGGCUUAACUGCAAACACACUCUGACCCCACGGCCCCGUGCCCCCAGCUGCAGCACUGAGUGACCCACUCACUAUCUGGGGGAUGGGGUCAGCUGUCUGCACAGAGUGGUGCCUGAGCUUUCAUCUCCCAUCAGCUCCCUUCAUCUUGAAAAGCACCCCCUUCCCCACACCAUGAACCGUGAAACCCAAACCAGUACCAUUCUGUGUGGAAGGGAGAGGUAAUGUGCAGUAACUUGCCUGUCCCCUCCCGGGGGAGGUUGUCCUUGUGCCUCCUGUUGGUCCUGAAACAAACCAGUUCUGCACCAGGCACCCUGCACUGAAUGCCUGCGUUUACAGCUUUGUCUCCCAGCAAGGAAUCCUGCAGCAGUACAGAUCUUGCUUCUACUUUUUUAGGCUAAUGUGUAUUUUCAACCCUCCUAAUCUUGUAGACAAUUAGGGACAGACAACACUUAAUUUUAUUGUGUUUCCUCUCUUGGGAAACAAAUAAUGCAGUUGUGCAAAACGUCCACUCCCAAACCCUGGCAGAUAUUUAUUUUUGAAGUGGCUGCUUAGAAGUGGUGUAGUUUAUCCCUAGCAAGCACAGAGAGUUUUGCUGGCUCUGGAUGGCGGGUGUGAGUGGCUGCUGGUACUGUGUGUGUUGGAGGACGCAGUGUGGUUUACAGAGAGUGCGUCUUUGCUUAGUGAUUAAAUCAAUGACCAUUACUUGAAGGUGCCUUAACAGCAUGCCGUAUCCAAACUUUGAAACAUAUAGUGUGGUAUUGUAGCAGAGGCAGCCCUCUCCUGUGCAUGCUAACAUCUAAAAAUUGCAGCAAAGAAAAAGUGAUCCCAAGGGAUUUCUUCUUUCUUUCUUUUUUUUUUUUUCUGUUCCAUCAUUUGAAGUGAUUUGAGGAUAUAGUUAUAGUGCACAGUUUGUAAUAUUCUGUAUCUUUUGUAUUUCUUCUCUGACAUGCUCUGUCUGCUAGGGUGGCUGACUAAAAAAUUCCCAGGCACACAGACCAGGAGGUCUGGGUCCGUAAUCUGUGAUUGAGUGCCCUUAGCCAAAUUAAAACUGGCAAAGAGAGUGGCAGAAGUCCUCCACACUCCUAUAAUGCCCCCCAAAUGCAGAGAUUUCAGGGCAGAGUUUCUGUAACCCAGUUUUCUCGCUUCCUGAUCUUUCCUGGUGUGAUGGGAAAUUGCUGUUAAGUUUGGAUGCGUGCCUCCGUCGUUCUAGGGAGAGCUGUACCAGGGAGCCCGAGGAGCCGCUCCACCCGCUGAGGUUAGCGUGGCGAGCUGCCGUGGGUGCGGCGGAGCGAGGGCUGCUUGCAAGGACGGGAGCCACCGCUGGCCCUUGCUGAUGAUGGGGACUUGGUUGUGGCUGGGCAAGGAAAUUAGCUUGUUUUUGUUUACCCCAAUAAAGGAUGCAUGAACUUUUGUGUUUAACCUCCUUAUGCAACUGCGGCACGGUAUUGCACCACAGGGAAUAGAUGUAGGACAAUGAGGAGUGUUCAGUGAGCACUGGUGGAGCUUCCUGGCCGCCGAUCUCCACUAAAUAGAGAGGUAUUACUUUCCCCUUUAUUUUGUGCCUUUAAACCACCCCCGCCCCCCUCCC